AUGGGUGGUAUGGGAUCAGUGUAUGGUUCAUUGAUGAAUUCAGUUUGUUAUAUAUUUUUUCUGGUUCUUUUAACGAGUUCUUUAGGAUUCAGUUUCCCUAUUCAAUGGGCAUUUAAUGAAGAACCAAGUAAUAGAGAGAAUCUUUUGAGAGAUGUUGAAGUUGGUAAGUUAAAUUUUAUCCAUACUACUGAUACGCAUGGUUGGUAUGGGUCUCAUGUUAAUCAGAGGGAUUAUGAUGCAAAUUGGGGGGAUUUGGUAUCAUUUGUGAGUAAGUUUAGGGAAAAUAGACUCCAAGGAGAUCAAGAUUUGAUAUUGAUAGACACUGGUGAUAAAACCGAUGGUAAUGGCUUGAGUGAUACCACUUCUCCUAUUGGUUUAAAUACCACGGACAUUUUUAACGAGAUGGAUUAUGAUCUUUUGACUUUAGGGAAUCAUGAACUUUAUAGACCGUUGGGAACUGCUCAGGAAUAUUAUAAAACUGCGAUGUCAGAGAAAUUUAAAGAUAAAUAUGUUUCCAGUAAUGUAGAAUUUGUUACUGAUGAAGGAGAAGUGGUCCCUUUUGGUAAUAAAUAUGUAUAUUUUGAAACAAAGAAUACAAAAACCAAAAUAUUGGCAAUGUCAUUCUUGUUUAAUUAUGUGACUUAUAAUCCAAGGGCAAAAGUUACACCUGCUUUGAAAGAGUUGCAAGAAAAAGCUUGGUUUCAACAAGUGUUGAAAUCCUAUCCGGAGAGCUCUAUUGAUAUGAUAGUGGUGUUUGGACAUAUGCCUGUAACUGAUGUACAGAAUCGAGAAAUUAAUAAUUUACAUGCAUUCUUAAGAGAACAUUAUCCAAAUAUUGUUAUUCAAUACUUUGGAGGUCAUUCUCAUAUACGUGAUUUUACAGUGUUAGACUCAAAAUCUACAGGCUUACAAAGUGGAAGAUUUGCUGAAACUGUAGGAUUCUUAUCAAUAGAUGAUGUACAUUCUGAUGAUCCAAAUUUCUUUAGACGAUACAUUGAUUUCAAUAAAAGAUCCUUUAUUUAUCACUCAAACGUAUCUCGAAAAGAGAAGUUCUCUACACCAAAGGGAAGAUUUGUAACCCAGAUGGUGGAUAAUUUACGAAAAGCUUUAAAUCUAGAUGAAAUCUUUGGGUUUGUUCCAAAAACGUACUAUUUUUCUUCCCGACCAAUUAAUUCUGAAGAGAGCAUUUACCACUUAUUAAAGAGCAAGGUUUUAUCUGGGUUGAAGCCAGAUACUAAGGUGAAUUCAAUUGAUAAUGGAAGGUUUAUUAUGAUAAAUACAGGUUCUGUUAGGUAUGAUCUGGUGAAAGGUCCAUUUUCAAAAGAUACAGAAUUUAUCGUCCUGCCGUUUGAAAGUGAAUGGCAGUAUAUUGAACUUCCUUUUAAAAUAGCAUCGAAGAUAGAAGAUUUUUUGAAUUCUGGUCCAUAUAUAGCAACUUUGGGUCCUCCACGAUCUAAAUUUAUUAAUUCCAGGUGUUCAGAGACUGUGAAUUCAUGUCCAUUUAUUAACAAUCCUGUAUUAACUGAAGGUUAUACCACCAGCGAUUCAUUUGGCUGCAAAGGUGAUGAUACCAAGCACAACUCACUUCAUGAGUACAAUAUACCGAACGUCAUACAACAUAUUGAUGUAAACGAAAAUAUAUCUGAUGAAGAAACAGUAAAGUUUGUAUACUAUUCGUUUAUGCAACGUAGUGUUCUCGAAGCUGUUAAUUCUAUCGACAAGGUAAAGACUAGAUUAUAUUCUGAAGGGGAUUGUAAAACUUAUGGUGGAAAAUCCACAAGAUUAUUGCUAAGAGAAUAUAUUCAAAAUCUGUAA